CUUCAGGAUAUGAGAAUUAACCUCCACAAGUGCAGGUGUAAUAUCGAUGGCCAAACAAGUAGACUACUUGAAGCAUUACAAACUCCAUCUGAGAAAAUUAUUUGGUCCUGCAGAAGCACAGAAGAUUACUGAAGAUGCUAUUGUUGUGAUAAGUGCAGGCACCAAUGAUUUCAUCCAAAAUUACUACUUUUACGAUAACAGAUCGAAAUAAUUCACUGAGCCACAAUAUGAGGACUAUCUGCCCUCUCUUAUUUCUGAAUACAUCAAGGCUUGCGAGGUCGAGUUUCAGGUCGGGCCAUAUUUAUUCUUGGAGGGCAUCUUAUGUUUAUGCUCAUGUUGUGGUCGUGCUUGAAAGCUCUAAAAGAAAGACAAAAGGAGUAAUAUUUUCAAAUCAUUCAAUUUGCUUCAUCCGAGAGCUCUACUUGCUUGAGCUCUACUGCCAAGACAAAAGGAACCAUGCCAACAUAAAGGUGAUCGAAGUUAACCAUAUCAGGUAUCUAAAUCUACGAAUUUUCAGACUAUGGGCGAGACAACCACUAUGCACAGUUAUGAUUCGGAGAUGCAAUACCUCUUCAAUUUCAGGUAAACCAAUUACUCUAUUUUACAUGUAACUAAUAUUUUUUAUGACCGGUUGAUUCUGUUGUUUUGUGAUGAAUUAUUAUUCUUAGAGUGCAAAUGAAAUAGUAGUUAUUCUGAAUCUAGGAGUAGGAGCUUUCUCAUUCUUUGGUCAAUGCUUCCGAAUAAAACCCUAUUUUUUGGGUUGUACCUGGAGUGCUCAAAAGAUGAGUUUGUUUCUCAUAAUAAAGAGUGAAUUCUCUGCAUUGUUGGUCUCUAUCACUGAACGUCGAUUAGGCCUCGGGGUCAAGAUCCAUUGAUAAUGAAAAUGCUGGAAAAGUAUAUCUUUUCAUUUAGUAUCUGUUUAAGGUUCUCUAUGAUUAGAUGUGAUUGUGCAGACUCAUUUCUAUCCUUAAGUAGUUUAUUUGCAAAUGAGAAUUUUAGAUUUAUAU